AUGGCAUCAAAUCUUCCCCCUCCGCAUCAGCAACAACCAACACAACAUAUAAACCAACCACCACAAACGUAUCAACCAGAAAAGAAUAAUCGUGCCAGAAAUAGUAAUACAAAUAUGAACAAUUUCGGUCAACCGUCUACUCCUCCCGUCAAUCUUUAUUAUCGUCCAGAUAGUCCAGUUCCUCCUUCAAGUAGAACCUCAUUAGAUAGUAAUGACCAAUUAUUUAGUGGAUUUAGUGCAGACAAUACGGCAUCGCCUUAUUAUGGCAGCAUUAACAAAGUUGCAACCUCUGAUCCUAAAUCAGAUCCACAAAUAUCACGUGAUACUCAAGAGUUUAUGAAUAUUGGUGAUGAUCCACAAAAGAAAGAUAAAAACCUUAAAGGGUUCUUGAAAAAUAAAAAGAAAGCAUGUUGUUUUCUUUGUUGUGGAAUAUCUAUCAUUAUUGCUGCUAUUAUGAUCCCAGUGGCAGUCUUUGUGAUUGCUCCCGCGAUUGCUCAAGGUGCUGUUACUGGAUCAAAAUUGCAUUUUUCAAGCGCUAAUCUAACAAAUCUCACCGAAGAUAAUUUUGUGAUGAAAGUCAAUGGAAAAGUAACUGAUACUGGACCAAUGGCUGCAACAAUCGAUGUUCCUGAUGGUGUAGAAGUUUCUUGGAAUGGAAAUGUAUUGGGUAGAUUACCAUUAGACACAAUUUCAGCUGCUCCAUUCGUUGGUGCGGAUAUAGAUUCAUCACAAACAUUUACUAUCCUAAAUAAAACUGCUUUUGGUGAAUUCAAUAAAUUUAUGUUAACCUCGAAAGAAUUCACUUGGCAUUUAGAAGGAUCCGCAAAUGUGAGAGCUGCUGGUCUAAGUCUGAAAGGAAUUAAACUUAUUAAAGAUGUGACAAUGAAUGGAAUGGCAAAUUUCCCUGAUGUCAGCAUCAAGAGUUUCGACGCGCCCUCUGAUGAUCCGGCUGGCGGUAUUACUAUCCAGCUUCUCUCAAUUAUGGUUAAUCCGUCACCAAUUGGCGUAGAAUUGGGCGACCUUGAAUUCGAUGUUCUAUAUAAUAAUCAAAAAAUUGGGGAAGUAACCGCUAGCAAUGUAAUUCUUGGUACAGGAGCUAAUGCACUCAAUCUAAACGGUCGAUUGAUUCCACAAAAUACUUCAGAAGGAUUAGCGGCUGUCAGUGAAUUGUUUUCAAAAUAUAUCGCUGGAGAAAAUGCAAACACAACCGUAUUAGCCAAAACUGUUAAACCGAGUAAAAAUAAUAACAAUAAUAGUACAACUCCAAUCUCUUGGUUGCAAUCUGCUUUCGUGGGAACAACUUUGUCAGUAGUAUUACACGGUGCACAAAAUCUAACCGUGAUUAAUAGUGUAGAUAUAAAGACAAUGGAUUUAGCAUUCAAUAAAGAUAAUGCUUAUUCGCCUACUGCGCAAUCUGAUGCAUUAUCAGUAGCAUUCAAAAUCCCAUUCGGUUUUCAAUUGAAAAUGGAAAAAAUCGCUCAGGAUAUUACAAUUUACGGUGGAUCAUAUGCUCUUGCCACUCUUUCGACAUCUUACACGGAUGCUAACGGGGAUUCGAGUAUCGGAAAAAUUGAUUCGAAAAUUCCGCCAACGCCGUUUAGCGUGAUUAAAGGAGCAGAACCCAAUUUCCAAGACUUCAGUGAACAUCUUACGAUGGACUCAUCAGUAGUAAUGACAAUGAAAGGCAGUGCAAAUUCAAUCGCAUCAACUUCAAUUGGUGAAGUGGAAAUUAAAGGGAUUAAAUUCAUUGUGGAUACACAACUUCAAGGUCUACAAGGAUUACAAGUCAAACCAGCCACGAUCAAUUCAUUGAGUGUAACUGGUGGAACUAAAGAUUACAUGAUCAUUAACCUUUCUGUCACGUUGUUCAAUCCAUCAAAUGUAAAGAUCUCGAUGGGUGAUGUAAUUCUUGAUCUUUAUUUUCAAGGUCAAAAAGUUGGUCAAGUGCUCAUGAAUAAUUUUAUCCUUGAUCGUGGGUCUAAUACCAUUAACUUGGUUGCUCAUUUCGGUCCAAAUGGUGACAAAGCAAUUGCCGCUGGGCGUAUUCUUCUUGACGCAUUCAUGAAGGGUGAUAGCAAUACAGUCGGGAUUCAAGGAAGUCCUCAGUCUACAGAAAUCGGAAGCCUACAAAAAGCUCUUGCAGGUCUAAAACUAUCAACUUCGAUGCCAGGUCUCAAAUCGGAUCAACCCAUUCUCGUGAGAUCGCGAUUCACCAUCAAUUUCGGCUCAGUAUUCACGAAACAGGGCACGGCUUCGGUUGACGCUUACAAUCCACUCGACACUACAAUAAAAUUUUUGAAAAUGAAGGCCACAAUCACGUAUAAAGGACAAGUUAUCGGAACAUUGGACCAAGAUCUGACUAGCUCACCUAUUGCUAUACCACCCAAACAAGUGAUGACCACUCGCGAUCUAAAUUUGACCCUACAAAUUAGUCUUACCGCUAUUCAAAGUUUAUUCGCAGGUAUUUCUGGCGAUCUUGCUACCGAUAUCACGUCUACCAUUGUUCUAGCCAUUGGUGAUUAUGUCACUGAAAUUGAUUAUGCACAAAAUCAAGUACCUACCGGUUUAGGCCAUGGUUCAAACCAAAAAUAA